AUGAACAUAAGAAACACAAGUUCAUAUGAGAACAUAAGUAGAUGUUCAACAAAGAAAAAAAGUUUCUGAGAUUUUUUUACCAAUCAAAAACAGUUUCAUUGCUAUGUGGUGGGUGAAAGUGAUAUUGGUGGUGUUCUUGCCGUUUUCACAUCUACUCCAACAAGGUAGCAGCAGCGGUAGUAGUAGUACUUUUGAUCAAGAGCAUACAUGUCCACCUUCUUCUUGUGGCAAAAUUUCCAACAUAAGGUAUCCAUUCCGAUUAAAAGAUGACCCAAGACACUGCGGAGACAACCGGUAUGAGCUAUCUUGUGAAAAUAAUGUAACAACUUUAUAUUUAUACUCUGCAAAAUAUCAUGUCAAGUCCAUCAAUUACAACAGUUUCACAAUCCGGUUAGUCGAUCCUGGUAUUCAAGAAUCUAAUUGCUCUUCACUUCCUCUCAAUUUCUUGUCACGGUCAAAUUUCUGCGAUACUUAUGAAUCGGAGAGGAAAUACUGUACGGAUCCAUACCAAGCAGCAGGAUAUUAUUAUGAUGAUAGCCUUAUUUUUGAGCAUAUAGUAUACUUGAAUUGUAGCCAUCAAGUAACUAACAAUCAUAAAUAUGUUGAUACUGUUCCGUUCAUCAAUCCAAACUCAAAAGGGUAUUAUAUUUAUGCUAUGGCUGGUGAUUUAAUUGCUCAAGAUUUUCAAGUUGGUUGUGAUGUGAAAUUAGUUACUCCUACAUCUGGGCUCCGGAGUUUGAAAAGAAAACUAGUUUCUUAUGAUGAAAUGCACAAGGCGUUAGUGUAUGGAUUUGAGCUGUCAUGGUUAGAUCUUCCCUGUCAGAAUCAUUGCGGAGAUUCAGAGUAUUGUUCGUUCAACGUUACCACCGAGAAAUUUUAUUGCUAUCGCUUCUGCAAUAGUUUCUGGGGGGGAGAACCAGGCAACCGUCUGUGUGCAGGGAUAUGGUAUCAGCUGGGAGUAUACGCUAAAGAUCUUAUCAUCGCUAUUUGGAUAGGAUUAUUUGAAAUGAUAAAUGGACCAAACCAAAGAUACGAUGGUGAAACUGAGUAUCAAGUAGGAUUGGCAACAGGACACUAUGUUCUACCAUCAGUCUUGGCGGCUAGAUUUCUAUUUGGGAUGACAUUAUUUAUUGCCUUAUUGAUAUACAAAUGGAGGAAGAGGCAUUUGUCAAUGUUUGAAUAUAUUGAAAUGUAUCUACAACAACAAAAUAACCUCAUACCAAUUGGAUAUUCAUACAAAGAAAUUAAGAAAAUGGCUAAAGGUUUCAAAGACAAAUUGGGUGAAGGAGGUUUUGGAACUGUGUUUAAGGGCAAUCUACGUAGUGGACCUUGUGUGGCAAUCAAGAUGUUGGCUAGUUCGAAAGGUAAUGGACAAGAUUUUAUUAAUGAAGUAGCAACCAUCGGAAGGAUACAUCAUUUGAAUGUGGUGCAGUUAAUUGGAUUUUGUGCCGAGGGAUCAAAACGUGCUCUCGUUUAUGAUUUCAUGCCUAAUGGAUCUCUCGAUAAAUAUAUUUUCUCUAAAGAAGGAAGCCUAAAUAUAAGCUACAAUCAAAUUUUUGACAUAUCGAUUGGAGUAGCUCGUGGGAUUUCUUAUCUCCAUCAUGGAUGUGAAAUGAAGAUUUUGCAUUUUGAUAUCAAGCCUCACAACAUCCUUCUUGACGAGAACUUCACCCCAAAAGUCUCUGACUUUGGACUAGCUAAGUUAUAUCCUGUACAAAAUAGCAUUAUCACAAUGACUGCGGCAAGAGGUACAAUUGGAUAUAUGGCUCCAGAGUUGUUCUACAAAAAUCUUGGAGGAGUGUCCUAUAAGGCGGAUGUCUAUAGCUUUGGGAUGCUUUUGAUGGAAAUGGCAGGUAGAAGGAAAAACCUUAAUCCCCACGCGGAGCAUUCUAGCCAACUUUACUUUCCUUUAUGGAUUUAUGAUCAAGUUGAAAAAGAGCCUUUGGUGGACAUAGAAAUGGAAGAUACCACGGAGGAGGAAAAGAAAAUAGUAAAGAAGAUGAUCAUAGUCGCACUUUGGUGUAUACAAUUGAAACCAAAUGAUCGUCCCACAAUGAGUAAAGUAGUGGAGAUGCUCGAAGGAGACGUUGAAAGCCUUGAAAUACCUCCAAAGCCACUCCUUUAUCCACAAGAAACAGUUGUAGACGAUCAAAGAACUAACUUUGACCAAACAACGUCGAGUGAUUACACUAGUUCUUAUGAUUCUGGGGAAAUAGUAAAUGCUUCUCUUAUAGAGAAUAUUGAUUGAAUGUUCACAAAAUCAAUUGUCUGCAUCGACUUUAUCUUAAUAAACACUUGUUCUUAUGCUUCAUUUGUCAAUAUAUUUCCCCUGUUGUGUUCUACAUAGAAUGUUAGAGAAAGCUUCCCCUUCAUUUGAAGUCCCUAAUAUGUAAUAAUGUUAAAAUCUAAUUCUAUUACUCUAAGCCUAUAUUAUAUGGUAACAUGUUUUAUUA